AUGACCUCAUGCGCUCUCCUCAAUCUUCCAGACGAAAUCCUUCUAGAAGUGGCGAAGAGUGUUGGGGGCAUUUCCUACGAUCGUCAGAAUACACUUCGCAACCUGACCCUUACAUGCCGUCGACUACAGCCCAUAGCCACUGAAGCGAUACUCGAACACCCCGUCGUCAACAUCUCCGCGAUCCACGACCUGGUCCGAGUUUACUUCGCCAACCGCAUCAUCGCCCAGAAGACGAAGUCGCUCGAAGUGUUUUCAUUCCGAUUAAUUCGACACGUUCCCGAAUUUAGCACGGAGCUGAAAGAGUCGUGCCAUGCGCUCAUUCGAGAGUACGAUGUGAGCCCCGGUUAUAAACUCCUAUGGCUGCAGGACCUCGCAUCAAACGACAAGACGGCGUACAUGGCUGUUCUAAUCGCUCUGCUCCCGGGACUCGAGGACUUGCGAUUCGGUCCAAACGUAUUACGAGACUUGGCCAUUCUCAGCAAGCUCUUCUGCGACCGGACUGUAUUGACUCCUGGAUGUAGUCCGCCUUGCUGGGGUAAAGGCUAUGCCGAUGCAGUGUUUACACGCCUGGUUCCAAUGAUCAAGUCGCUUGAGCUGCCAGUGGAAGGGUACUCAAUGUUAAACACGGCAAGCUCGCAUAGUCCUCACCCGAGUCCCUUCGAGCCUUUCGCCUCUCUUCUUCGGCUUGCAAUCCCUUCGUGUGCGCUAGCGGACCUCGGCUUCGACAACUUGCCACGCACAUUGAGGAAUCUCAUUGUCGUAGGAGCAAAACGAGUGACCCACGUCGCGAUUAUGAACGACCUGUAUUGCUACAAGGAACGACUGCCAAAUCUCCGGGAAGUUCGAAUCUUCGAAAUCAAACGUCGCCCCGUUGGUCUAGAAAUCCCGGAACUGGAACACGUGCGUGUUUGCCUGAUCCCCCACAUUGCGUUCAGUGUCUGGCGUCCGGCCGGCGAUAACUUCGAGGCGGCCGAUGCGAAUGGCCAACCAUGGAACUACACGGAUGAUGAGCUGGCGGAGUUUGAAACGCUGAAGUCGCAGCGUCGGAUUAAAAAGAUUGAGCGGCAAUGGGCGAUGGCCCUCGGGCAAGGAAACGACUGA